AUGAAUGUGCUUUCGGCAAUACUGGGCACGGACGUAACGCUGCGCCGCAUGGUGGAUGUCUCUACCAAAGAUGUGGAUGAAUACAGUUUGUUUGGAUUAUUCCUCACUGAUGACGAUGAGAUCCAAAAGGAGAAGCUCGUCUGCCGUGGGAAUGUCUCUGAUGUACAUUAA